AAGCGUCACACUGCAAAGAGUUGUUGUUGCGCGCGGGCGGACGACGAGAAAAAGUUGGAAACGCGGAUGAAAACAACGGUUGAUUUUCACCCAACGCUCGUGAUUUUCGACCGCUUUUGAGUGAAGAAGAGAAACAAACCGCCUGUUUUUUAACUGCAUGCGUGCGUGCGGGUGUGUGUGUGUGCGCGCGUGUACGUGUUUGUAGUUUAGACGCGCUGCUCGCCGCGAUUUCUGUUGUUUUGUGCGGCCCCUGUAACUACAGUAAAUACUCUGAAAAAUGUGGGCGAAACGUGUGCGAUAAAUAAAAGCCCGAGAUAGCGAAAAAAAAAAGAUAAAGUGUGUCCAACUUGGAGUCUGCUAAACAGGCGCUGUCGUUGUCGAUGUCCGCCAGAUAGCCAAGUGUGCAGAGACAUCCCUACGAUCAAAACGAGCUAACGUUACACUAAAACAAACACCCCCUCCUUUCCCUUCCCCACAACUUAUCGAAAAGCCGGCAAGACGACGUCCAAGAAGAAGCAGUCACAGCCGACGCGGCCGAAGACGAGCAGCAUGUUCAAGUGCAUUCCCAUCUUCAAGGGCUGCAACCGGCAGGUGGAGUUCGUGGACAAGCGCCACUGCUCGCUGCCGCAGGUGCCCGAGGAGAUCCUGCGGUACUCGCGGACUCUGGAGGAGCUCUUCCUGGACGCCAACCACAUCCGGGACUUGCCCAAGAAUUUCUUCAGAUUGCAUCGCCUGAGAAAGCUGGGACUGAGUGACAAUGAAAUUGGCCGCCUGCCGCCGGAUAUACAAAACUUUGAAAAUCUCGUCGAGCUCGACGUUUCACGCAAUGAUAUACCCGACAUUCCCGACGAUAUCAAGCAUCUGCAGAGCCUGCAGGUGGCCGAUUUCAGUUCGAACCCGAUACCCAAGUUGCCCUCGGGCUUCUCCCAGCUGAAGAACCUGACCGUCCUGGGCCUCAACGACAUGUCGCUCACCACAUUGCCAGCGGAUUUUGGCAGCCUAACUCAAUUGGAAUCCCUGGAGCUACGCGAGAAUCUGCUCAAGCACCUGCCCGAGACAAUAAGCCAGCUGACGAAGCUGAAGCGUCUGGAUUUGGGCGACAACGAAAUCGAGGAUCUACCACCCUAUCUGGGCUAUCUGCCCGGUCUGCACGAGCUUUGGCUGGAUCACAAUCAGCUGCAGCGUUUGCCGCCGGAGCUGGGACUUCUAACCAAACUGACCUACCUCGAUGUCUCCGAGAAUCGAUUGGAGGAGCUGCCCAACGAGAUCAGCGGCCUGGUCAGCCUCACGGACCUCGAUCUCGCCCAGAAUCUGCUCGAGGCACUGCCCGAUGGCAUUGCCAAGCUGAGCCGACUGACCAUCCUGAAAUUGGAUCAGAAUCGAUUGCAGCGGCUGAACGAUACGCUCGGAAAUUGCGAAAACAUGCAGGAGCUGAUACUGACCGAGAACUUCCUCUCCGAGCUGCCCGCCUCCAUUGGCCAGAUGACCAAGUUGAGCAACCUGAACGUGGACCGCAAUGCCCUGGAGUACCUGCCCCUGGAGAUUGGUCAGUGUGCCAAUCUGGGCGUGCUGAGUCUGCGGGACAACAAGCUGAAGAAGCUGCCGCCAGAGUUGGGCAACUGCACCGUGCUGCAUGUGCUCGAUGUCAGUGGGAAUCAGUUGCUCUAUUUGCCCUACUCGCUGGUCAAUCUGCAGCUGAAGGCCGUCUGGCUGUCGGAGAAUCAGUCACAGCCGCUGCUCACCUUUCAGCCGGACACGGAUGCGGAGACGGGCGAACAGGUGUUGUCAUGCUAUCUGCUGCCCCAGCAGGAAUACCAGCCAAUUACCCCAGACUAUCCACCCAUGACGCUUUAUAGAUCAAGCGAAAAAUUUGAUUCCACGGAAUUCUUCAGUUAUCAGCAAAAAGCCCGUGACCUGGAAUCCGAUUCGGAGCCAUUCGAGGAGCGCGAACCGUCGCGCACCGUGGUCAAGUUCUCGGAGGAGGCCACCCAGGAGAAGGACACGCCCUUCGUGCGCCAGAACACGCCGCAUCCCAAGGAUCUCAAGGCCAAGGCGCAGAAGCUGAAGGUGGAGCGCAGUCGGAACGAGGAGCACGCCAAUCUGGUCACCCUUCCGGAGGAGAACGGCACCAAGUUAGCCGAGACUCCAACCGAGACACGAACCAUUGCAAACAAUCACCAGCAGCAGGCACACCCAGUGCAGCAACCAAUCGUUGGUGUAAAUUCCAAGCAACCAGUGGCUGUGGGUGUAGUCACUCCAACCCCGACGAUAGCCCCAGCCGGCGUACAGGGUGGCCCAGAGGGAGCCAGCUCCACCGCCAACAAUGUGAAGGCGGCAACGGCAGCUGUGGUGGCUGAAUUAGCAGCCACUGUUGGUGGCGGUGAUGAGGUCCAGGAUGAUGACGAGCAGGAGGAUGAGUUUGAAUCCGAUCGCCGUGUGGGCUUUCAAGUGGAGGGCGAAGACGAUGACUUUUACAAGAGGCCACCCAAAUUACACAGAAGGGACACUCCGCAUCACCUGAAAAACAAGCGUGUACAGCACUUAACCGACAAGCAGGCCAGUGAAAUUUUGGCCAAUGCCCUAGCUUCCCAGGAGCGUAACGAUACGACACCACAGCACUCGCUGUCCGGCAAAGUGACAUCACCAAUUGAGGAGGAGGAGCAGCUGGAGGUGGAGCAGGAGCAGGAACAGGAGCAGCAACAGCAACAGCAGCAUCCCUUCGACUCCUCGCUCUCGCCCAUUCCGGCUGGCAAAACAGCAGAGGCCAGCACCGACCCAGAUAACUUGGAUGGCGUUACGGAGCUGCGUUUGGAGCAGUACGAAAUCCACAUCGAGCGCACUGCAGCAGGAUUGGGUCUGAGCAUUGCCGGUGGCAAGGGCUCCACGCCCUUCAAGGGUGACGAUGAUGGCAUCUUCAUAUCGAGGGUCACCGAAGCGGGACCCGCUGAUUUGGCUGGCCUCAAAGUGGGCGACAAGGUGAUCAAGGUCAACGGCAUUGUUGUCGUGGAUGCGGAUCACUAUCAGGCGGUGCAGGUGCUAAAAGCCUGCGGUGCCGUACUUGUUUUGGUGGUACAGCGCGAGGUGACUCGCUUGAUUGGACACCCCGUGUUCAGCGAGGAUGGCAGUGUGUCCCAAAUCUCUGUGGAGACGCGACCACUGGUGGCGGAUGCCCCUCCGGCUGCAUCCAUUAGCCACGAGCGUUACAUCCCGGCACCCAUCGAAAUUGUGCCCCAACAGCAACAGCAGCCCAUUCAGCACGUGGCUCCAACGCAUAGCUAUUCGGGCAACGUGUUUGCCACACCCACAGCUACUGCCGCACAAACGGCGCAGCCUGCGGCGUCUGCUGCACCCAAUGGAUUGCUACUGAAUGGCAGGGAGGCGCCACUGAGCUACAUCCAGCUGCACACAACGCUCAUCCGCGAUCAGAUUGGCCAAGGACUGGGCUUCAGCAUUGCGGGCGGAAAGGGGUCGCCGCCGUUCAAGGACGACUGCGAUGGCAUUUUCAUAUCCCGCCUCACGGAGGGCGGCCUGGCGCACCGUGAUGGAAAAAUUAUGGUGGGCGACCGGGUGAUGGCGAUUAACGGCAACGAUAUGACUGAAGCCCAUCAUGACGCAGCCGUCGCCUGUUUGACUGAACCGCAGCGAUUUGUGCGUUUGGUGUUGCAGCGCGAGUACAGAGGUCCACUGGAGCCACCGACGAGUCCACGCAGUCCGGCAGUGCUCAACUCUUUGAGCCCAUCCGGCUAUCUGGCCAACCGACCAGCUAAUUUCAGCCGAUCGGUGGGGGAAGUUGAGCAGCCGUACAAGUACAACACCCUGGCUGCGACCACGCCCACACCGAAGCCCACUGUGCCAGCUAGUAUAAGCAACAAUAAUAACACUCUGCCCAGCAGCAAAACCAAUGGAUUUGCCACUGCUGCUGCCACGAUAGACAGCUCCACGGGACAACCAGUGCCCGCUCCCCGUCGCACCAACUCCGUUCCAAUGGGAGAUGGAGACAUUGGGGCCGGCUCCACCACCAGUGGUGAUUCUGGCGAGGCUCAGCCCUCCUCGUUGCGACCGCUGACCAGCGAUGAUUUUCAGGCGAUGAUCCCGGCACACUUCCUCAGCGGCGGCAGUCAGCAUCAGGUGCAUGUGGCCCGGCCCAACGAGGUGGGCGUGAGUGCCGUCACGGUGAAUGUGAAUAAGCCUCAGCCGGAUCUGCCCAUGUUCCCGGCGGCACCCACCGAACUUGGCCGCGUCACCGAGACGAUCACCAAGUCCACGUUCACGGAGACGGUGAUGACGCGCAUCACCGACAAUCAGUUGGCGGAGCCGCUUAUCAGUGAGGAGGUUGUGCUGCCCAAGAACCAGGGCUCCCUGGGAUUCAGCAUCAUCGGCGGCACGGAUCAUUCCUGUGUGCCCUUCGGCACUCGAGAGCCCGGCAUUUUCAUAUCGCACAUUGUGCCCGGCGGGAUUGCCUCCAAGUGCGGCAAGCUGCGCAUGGGCGAUCGCAUAUUGAAAGUCAACGAGGCGGAUGUUUCCAAGGCCACACAUCAGGAUGCUGUUCUGGAGCUGCUGAAGCCAGGUGAUGAAAUCAAGCUGACCAUUCAACACGACCCACUGCCGCCAGGAUUCCAGAGCAUAGAAGUAGUUUAUGUUAAAACAGAGGAAGUGCUGCUCAGCAAGGCGGAGGGCGAACGUUUGGGCAUGCACAUCAAGGGCGGCCUGAAUGGCCAGCGCGGUAAUCCUGCCGAUCCCUCCGACGAAGGCGUCUUCGUGUCCAAAAUAAACUCGGUCGGUGCGGCCAGACGGGACGGAAGGCUUAAGGUGGGCAUGCGUCUGCUGGAGGUUAAUGGACACUCGCUGCUGGGCGCCUCGCACCAGGAUGCGGUCAAUGUGCUGCGCAACGCUGGCAACGAGAUUCAAUUGGUUGUCUGCAAAGGUUACGACAAGUCCAAUUUAAUUCAUUCCAUUGGCCAGGCCGGCGGCAUGAGCACUGGCUUCAACUCGUCUGCAUCCUGCAGCGGUGGCAGUCGCCAAGGCUCGCGUGCAUCGGAAACGGGCUCGGAACUGAGCCAGAGUCAGAGUGUAUCCAGUUUGGACCACGAGGAGGAAGAACGUCUGCGACAGGACUUCGAUGUCUUCGCCUCGCAGAAGCCAGACGCACAGCAGCCAACUGGCCAAUCGGUCCUGGCAGCUGCUGCUGCCAUGGUGCAUGGCGCUUCGUCGCCCACACCACCUGCUGCUGCCACCUCCAAUACUACUCCCCAACCCGCAGCCGCUUCAGUGGCAUCUGCUGAUUUAACAGCACCGGACACGCCAGCCACGCAGACAGUGGCGCUCAUUCACGCAGAACAGCAGGCCCAUCAACAGCAGCAACAGCAGCAGCAGACGCAGCUGGCGCCUUUGGGUCAGGAGAAGAGCACCCAGGAGAAGGUGCUGGAAAUUGUACGCGCGGCUGACGCCUUCACCACCGUGCCACCAAAGUCGCCAUCGGAGCACCACGAGCAGGAUAAGAUACAGAAGACGACGACGGUUGUCAUAUCGAAGCACACGCUCGACACGAACCCAACCACACCCACAACGCCGGCGGCAGCUCUACCCAUCGCCGGAGCAGAGUCAGCGAACUCGACCGUUGCUCCUUCUCCAGCUGUUCCAGCAUCCACGCCCGGCUCAGCGCCAGUUCUUCCUGCCGUGACCGUGCAGACACAAACGCAAACGCAAACGACCUCCACGGAGAAGGAUGAAGAGGAGCAGUCGCAACUACAGCAACGAGGCACCCAGACCCCCGGAGCACGUUACUCCUAUCAGCAGAUGCUGGAGUCGCAGGAGGAGAGCCGAACUUCUGGCAAAGCCGCCCAGGCGAAGCCCAAGAAGGCGGAGCCCGUGUACAUCAUAGAUGACGAGGACGAUGAUGAUGAUGAAGACGCAGAUUCCCAGCGGCUGGACGACAUCGAUGCUAUCCAAGAGGAGGAUGAGGAGGACACGGAGAGCUCUCCGCCCUUGGAAGUGCAGUCUCCACCUUCCUAUGCAGACACUGAUUCCGAUACCUUCGAUCGACGACGUGGCCGUUACACCAGUGACUCGGAGAGCGACUGCCGGCCGUACAAACCAUCGAGAUCGGGACGCAGUACGCCGGAAUACGGUGGUCAUCGCAAGUCCGUAAGCUUCGAUCUCAGUGGAGACGAGCGCUCCAAGUCCGACUACGAGCGAUCGCGUUCCCGCACUCCAGAUGGUUAUACUAGGGCCUACGAUUCGGAGCAGGAUACUCGAGGUUCGGGACGUAAUCGCCUGCCGCGCAAGGGGAUCUUGAGGGCCACCAGUCCGUGCGCCACGCUGGAAAAAUCGGAACCCAUUGUGCCAGCAGUGGCACGCAUCCGUGAUGUGGAGUCGCCGCAACUUCAGCGCGUUUCCCGAGCCACUUCCCCCGAUCGACCUGGCGGGGAACUGGACCGGGAAAAUCCAUUCCGUCACCCCACUUCCGAGGACGAUGAGUACACGCGGAUAGCGAAGGAGGUCAGUAAGUCGCCUCGUUCGCCGCGCUCCACCCGCGAGCAAUUUUUCUUUGGCUCUUCGAGAUCCAGCGAGGAUCUGCUGGAGCAAUGCCAGUCGCAAUCCAGUGGUCGCAGCACUCCCAGCACAGUGAUCUCCAAGUCCACGGAGAAUCUCACCGGCACGCGACCAAAGAUACCACCACCCACCGCACCGAAACCGCAAUUAAAGAAAGCGAACCUGGUGCGAAAUGUAGCACUGGAAACAUUCCAGGCCAGCGAUGUGGGACAAGGUGAUUUUACGGUGUUCGAGCACGAUGCCAGCACGAAUACGAUCCAUCCCGUGGAGGCCAAAGUGCCCGUUAGGGUGUCAACCAAGACAAAACCGAGUCGCCCGAGGGAAUCACCACCACCGCCGCCAGUGAAUUUCGCUACCCUUCCAAAGUUGCCCAGCACGCCAACUUUGCGCGAGGCAGAGGAGUCCAUCUACAUGGAGGCCCUGCCACCGACGCCCUCGCAGCUUCGUCCCCACGAAUUCCUGCACGAAAACUCACCGGACAAUAUUCUGGUAUCGCCGCAGGAGCAUCGCGAGUAUUUGCUGCGCGAGAACGAGCUGAGGAAUCAGUUGCGGGCACCCUAUGAGCCCGCUCCACCUGUGCCCAUUGUCGGCGGCGGCGGAUAUUCGCUGCUGGUCGCCGGGUCGCCCACCCAGAUCUUUCCCACAGCUCAGAUACUGCCCGUGCAGUAUGCCAGUUUGCCGCAACCGCAGCAGCCCAACACGCUCACCCUUAAGACCGUUACCCCCACUUCGUCCCACGACCCCAAACAGCCCCUGUUCAACCUGGUACUCCUGCCCGGCGACCAGGUGGCCAACAAAUCCUCGCCAGCAAUGCUCUACCUGCAAUCGUCAACACCUGCCAGCAGCAGGGAGGGAGCAGAGGAGGAGCCCCACCAGGACGAGGUUAGAGCCAAACCGACACCGACUAAAGUGCCUAAAUCGGUUUCCGAUAAAAAACGCUUCUUUGAGUCAGCCAUGGAGGAUCAACACAAGCCCACACAAAAGACAGACAAAGUUUUCUCAUUCCUGUCAAAGGAUGAAGUGGAAAAGCUGCGACAGGAGGAGGAGAGGAAAAUUGCAACAUUGCGCCGUGAUAAGAAUUCCAGAUUACUGGAUGCCGCCAACGACAACAUUGACAAGGAUGCCGCACACCAGUCGAGCAAAAGCAACAGCAACAGCAGCAGCGGCGAGGAUAAUGACGACAGCGACCAAGAGGAGGCCAACGCUCGCGAGGAUUCCGUUGACAACGCCGCUCUGGGGCACUUCGAUGAUGCGGAGGACAUGAGAACCGCACAAAGUCUGGCGCCGACAAUGCCACAUGCCCCCAGCAAAAUACCCAAGCAGAAGUUGAAAGCGAAACAGAUUGAGGCGACUCCACCCACACCCACACCCACACCCACGGCUCUUGAUCCGCCCAAGCCUUCGCUGCUGCCCAAGCCAAAGGUCAAGGUUGUCAUUCCACCGGCACUGCAACAACGUCUUAAGCAGCAGCAGGUGCAGCAGCAAGAACAGCAGCAGCAAUCCCAGCCCGAAGAGCCCUCAAUUCCGGAGGAGGAACAUGACCAGCAGCCAGAGCCGGAUUCGCCCACCGCCGCAGGAGGCAGUCGCAUACCCGUAAGAACCCUGAAGGCCGAACGCCGCGCCCUGGCCUUGGCAGCCCGCCAAUCCGGACUCAGUGUGGUGGAGUAUCUGACGCAACUGGAGAAGCAGGAUGAUAAAGAGUCCCCGGUUUCGCCCAAUACGCCCACAACGCCCACUGGCAAAAGCCGUUCCAUGAUUAAUGCGGAGAAGCGCGCCUCCUGGCGAGCAGCUCGUCUUCGAUCACUGGAACAGGGAGCCGUCGAGGCACAGGAUGUGAUCAAGAAUAUGCGCAAGAUGACCGACGAUCUGAUCACCCACGAGUCCAGGGCCAGCGAGGCUCAGCCGAAAAUAGUCUUUCCCAAAAUUGCCAUAAAAUCGAGCGACGGUCCAGUCAUUGUGCGCGAACGCGAGAAAAUCCUCGAUGAGAAGAUUGUGCGACGCACUGAGGAGGUGGCAUGCCCCAUUACGGGGCGACCUCAACUGCGCACCGUCGAGUACAUUGAGAAAAUCAUCGAGACGGAGGUGGAGACCUGCAAGGAACGCAUCAUAUCCUUGGAGCUGCAGGUGCCCGAAACGGAGGACGAGGGCAGGCUAGAUGACACGCAACCGCCUCUGGAACUCGAAGCGGAUGACUUCCAAGACGACGAAGAUGACGACGAUGAUGAUGAAGAUGAAGACGACUACGAGGAUGAAGAUGAGGAGGAGGACACCGCCUCCAUUGUGACUGUACAAGCGAACAAUGAGAAGCUAUUCCUGCGCCACGAUUCUGAUACCUAUGGUCCUUCGUCCAUUGAAAGUGUCGCAUCCGGCAAGGUGCGCAUCAAGCCCACGCCGCUGUCCCUUCACCAAACGCUGGCCAAGGAGACCACAAUUGUGGAGGUACUGAAUCCCGUCAUCGGCGGCGACGGCAGUGCCCGCACCAUCCACGUAAGCGGUGGCCUGCCCUUCGAGGAGGACGCUUUCGAGCAGGGCGCCGUGGCCGUGUUGCGCAGCGAAACAUUCGUCCUGCCAGGAGCCGCCGGCGGUGGCAGAUCUGAGUUGUCAUUAAACGCUAAAAUGAAAACCGUGCUCGAGGAGCUGCUGGAGAACGAGCGCGUCAAAUUGAAUUUGCAAAAGAGUCUCGAGGGCGAGGAAGAGCAGGACGAUGACGAUGACGAUGACGAUGAGAAUGGCAGUGCCUAUGGCGACGCGCAGGACUAUGUGGAGAGCGCCUAUGGCGAUGCCAUUGACGAUGUAGUUGACUUUGGCAGCGCCACGGUCACGAGCCGCACAGCCAAUGAUAAGGAGGAUGUCAAGAAUGGGAAUCAGCAGAUCCUCGAGGAGCUGAUUAAGGACAGCAACCGCAACACAAUCAUUGCUAAAUUGGCGGGCCAAUUGUCAGACGAUGAUGAAGAGGAUGACGACGAGGAGGAGAGCAGCGACUCCUCGGACGAGGAUAGCGAUGACUCCGACGAGGAGGACAACGCUCAGGAGCAGCUGAAUGUCACCUAUGUGCAGGGCGCCCAGGUGAUCGAGAAUCUCAAUACCCUGGCCACGGGCGGAAAGCUGCAAAAGUCGCAGACCUACACAACCAUCAAGCAAGCGGAAGAGCCAAAGGAGGAGGACACGAAACUGGAGGAGGAACCAUCCUCGGAGAAGCCCUGCGGAGCUGAUACCCUGGCCCAACUGCAGGCCGAGCAACGCGCCCUGGCCGAGAUCUCAAAGCAGCUGCGCAAGUCGGUGGAGGAUUUGCUAAACGCCGAUGGCGAGACGGUGGUGGAAACUCAGAGAACUUACACUUUGCCCGCUCCCAGCGAUAGUUCAGCGGUGGUCACGGUCACCGAGGUGGUCAAGAAGCAGAAGAAAAAGAAGAGCGAAACCGGGGAGGAGCUCUUCAAUCGCCUGCUAAACGCCGGAGAGUCGGAACGUCAGAUCUUCGACAGACAGCAGGGCGAGACCAUCACAACCACCACCACGACCACAGAGGCUGUGAGCUCGGAGGACAACGAGCCGAGCACCAGUGUGGUGACCACCACGCGGACUGUGUCCAAUAUUGUGACCAGCGGCAUUCCCAGGCCAGAAACCAGCAAGCAGAACAACCGCAGCAGCAGCAGCAACAGCAGCAGCAGCAAUAAUAACCGCAACAAGAACAAGCGAAAGGGCAAAAAGAAGUAGGGGAUAUCCGGCAGCAGCUGAAAGGAAAUGGGCUGAAGUGUUGAAGUUGCGUAUACGCCGUGUGGUGGGUAUGGGUAUGGGUAUGAGUAUGAGUAUGUGAUCCGAGUGAAACCCUACGCGCACAACCUUUCGCACAAACACUCACUACCCACACACAUACACACACUCACAGAAACACACAUAUCAGCGUGUUAGAGGGCUCGUUGUCAUCUCUCUACAUUAGAACCACUAAUUGUAUACAUAUGUAUAUUAUGUAUGUACGAUAUUCGCAUUUGUAUUGAUAAUUUUAAUUAAUUGUGCAAAUAAUGUGUCCCAUGCAUUUACAAAAUCCCAUUUGUUACUAAUCAUCAAAGUGUGCGCAUUAAAACAAAAAUAUUUUCAUUGCAAAUUAAAAACAAAUCGAAUUGCCGAAUGAUAUAUUGCAAGAAUUUAACAGCAAAAUUUAAUGUUGUGCAGCAACCGCAAAGAAACGAGAACAACAACACAAAUCGCCACACUGAGCCCAUCAGAAUUGAAUUAAUACAACAACAGCAUUGGACGAACAAAAAACAAAAAAAAAAGGGAAACAAAAAUCUUAUUUAAUUGAAUUAAAUAAUUUCACUUUGUUUGCAUUUAACUAUCAUUUGCAUACUGCAUCUGGUUUUUCUCCCUCAUUGUGUUUUUCCAAAUGGGCUUUGCUUAUUUUCCACAAAUUAAAUUUACGUUUUAUGUUCUAGCACAAAAAGUAGGAGCAAUCCCAAAUCCGUGCCCAGCAGCCGGCCGAAGUAUGAAUUAUCCACGAUGAUCCUUCACGAGAACCAUUUACCAUAAACUUUAAGCAUUCCCGACUGCCCGAGAUUUUUGGGGCAUACUCUUUUUUAGUUUUAGCCUUAAGCAAACUAAACCCGCAACUAAAUGAAACUAGAGUCGAAACGAAACAGCGAGAGCCGAGAACAUAAAUCAAAUAAUCGUAAAUAAUAUUACUAUAAUAAUAGUUAGCAGUGUGUAAGAGCGUCCAGUUGUAAUCCGUAGUAUGUAACACAUGGCAUAAGCACAACUAUGACAAAUGUCCUAUGGCGAUUUCAGUUUCCACUUUUAUACAAAUGUAAAAAUAUUUACAAGCAAUUUUAUGUAAUACCUUUAUGAUAUUUAGUGUGUAAACUCGUCUUUUUAUGAAAACGAAAGCAAAUGCCGCAAAAAACGAAUGAAAAUAAACAAAUUGUAUGCAUUUUUAUUUAAAAA